AUGCAUCGAGUGUCGAAUGGCAGCGUCGCCUCGGGCGACAGUCGCCGUAAUAGUAUGGUAGACGCAUGUGGACGAUUCUGUAGUCAGCCGACAAAUGGAGCACCUGAAUUACUGAUAGCGUUAUGCUACGAUACAGAUCACGGAUGUCUUACAGUAGGUAUAGAGCGAGGCUCGUCGCUUGGAGACAAGAACAGACCAACUGAUACAUUCAUCAAAAUCAUUGCAUUGGGUGAAUUUGGCAAUGAGUUAUGGCGUCAGAAAACUGAAGUGGUGAAGGGAUGCUCAGAACCGCAGUAUGAACAUUCUGCAUCAAUACAGGUGAACUAUUUAAAUAUUGCAACAGCCCCUCCCAAUUUAUUCGGUUAG